UCCUCGUUUCUCCAUCGUCCCUGCAGACAGCCGACUUUGGUGGGCUCGGUGGCACUGGGAGACCCUUUGACGUCGGCCGUGCCUGUGGAACCGGUCUAUGACAGUGUUCCCGACGGCCUUUGUGACGACGAGGAGGCCAGCUGCUGCGUCGACGAUGACAUGAGCCGAAAGCGGAACGAGAAGAAUGCAGACGUUGACGCGGAGGGUGACAACAAUACGGAGGCCUGGAUUAGUCGCUUGCAGCCUCGGCAAGCGUUUGAUCCUCAUCGCCAACAGACCGAGGAGAUGGCAGUUGCCCGCAUCCCCUGGCCCUCUCCGCCAUCGCUGCCUCCUCCCUCCCGAUCGCCGUCACCCGCCAGAUCCAACUGGUCUGGACAGCAGCUCAGCAACAGCGACAAUCGAAUGCAGAACAGACCUCUCGGAGGUGAUGCUGCCGACAGUGCUUCGCUGCCUACCAACCGGCGCAGAUCGCAACAGUGCGAAAAGUCUGAGAAAACCGGCUCGUCGGAGGGCAACCAGAGCGUGGAACGACCAUCGAAUAGGCAAGUUCACCGGUCCGAAACCCACAGAACGGUCACGGAUUCGUUGAUCGUCUCGGAGACCCGUGCUGGCAGGCGAUUGGGUGCCGCUCGGGGCCGUGGAGCAGUGCUCACGACAACGGCUCAUGUGCAGCUUCACAAGCCCUGUCGUGUUGUGCCGGGAGAAUGCAAAGAGUCUGUUGGCAACUUGAACGGGACAUCAGAAACGCUUCAGGUAGGCACGAGAAGGCAAAUGCAGUCGAGACCCUCACGACGCAACAGAAGCGGGCAAAUUUGUCACAAAUCGCUUAAAUAUAUGAAGACCAAGAUGUUGUGGCCUCUGGUUUGGUCGCAGUCUCCUUUCGAUUGA